AUGCAAUUUGUAUCGUCGGCUCAAGCCACUUCAAAUGAACUCUUUGUGCAAUGCAUGUCUGGUCCAAACAAGGGACAGUGGACUUGUAGAUUGUGUACGGGAAGAACCUUCAAAGACAAAAUCAAACAUAGCAAAUUAAAAACUCAUAUUGACCGAGUACAACUCGAGCUUGACAGAGUCUCAGCCGCUCAGGCCGCCACGGCACCUCCGGGUUUAAGCUCUCGCACAGCAGUUGGAAACAUUUCAACGUUGUCAGGUUCAAUGAUUCCUGAGGAGCAAAACAUGCCAGAUAUGCCAGAAAGCCAUCACGACAUGGACCUCUCUGAUGAUGGCCUGGCCAAAAGCUCUGAUGAGCUGGUAUUGUUAUAUGAUCCAUCCACACCGAAUGUAUUCAAGGUUUGGUCUCAAGAGUCCAGAGAGUCCAGUGUGGACAUAGACUCUUUCCUUGACAACACCUCCAACUCCAAAAUCAAUCCACGUCCAACGGUGACCCUUGAUGCCAAACUGGCUGCCACCGACCAAUGGCUUCCGUGGUACCCUUUACGAAAGCCAGAGCACGCCACUGCUCUGCUGAUGUUGGGCACCGGGCCCAACCUUAUGUCUACUGCUGAAUACAACCACAUCCGCACUAUCUUGAAAAGAACUCUUGAAGUGGAUUUGCCUGACCUGGGUCCGUACUAUUUUGCUAUUACAGUUCAAUGA